AUUCUCUAAUUUGUUUAUAGUUAUUCAUCUUCUGUAAUUUCCAUUUAUUUAUCUUUAUCAUUUUUUACUUUUUAUUUUUUACAGCUCCUGUUUUCAUCUCUCAUUGGAUUUAAGGCUUCCUGGUCUUCCGAGGCCAUUCCAGUCCUUACUUGAUUUCUGAUGAAGCCACCACAUCGUAAACAUUUUUUUUUCCUCUUCAUAUCGUUAUCUUUUUUCUCUCUAAGCUUGAUUUUUUUCAUCAAAAUUCCCUCCUUUACAUAUCCUUCUCCUAAAAAUAAACCAGUCCAUCUCCUAAUUGUGUCAUCCUGGAGAUCGGGUUCUUCAUUCCUUGGUCAGAUCUUCAACCACCACAAUGAUGUCUUUUACCUCUUUGAGCCUGGACGUAACAUCUGGGUGAAGCUUCAGAGUCAAAGCUCCGAGCUGCUACAUUUUCCUGUAAGAGAUCUUCUACGAUCACUUUUCACUUGUGAUGUGUCCCCUCUUCAUCAGUAUCUUCCUAAUGGGGGAAAACACAUUUCUGAUUUUGGUUUCUUUGAACAAAGUCAAGUACUCUGCACCCCACCAGCUUGUUCAGCCUUUACUCCUUCUGAAGGCUAUAACCGAAUAAAGUGCUACGAACAAUGCGGAAAUGCUUCACUGGAUCAAAUGGCAGAAAUUUGCAAGACUUACAGCCACGUGGUGAUGAAAGCAGUCCGGAUUUUAGACCUUUCUGUCCUGCUUCCUCUUUUCCGAGACCCCGCUCUUGAUCUUCGUAUUCUGCACCUUGUGAGGGACCCCCGAGCUGUUGCUUUGUCAAGGAAAUCCAUUGAUCUCCACACUGAUGAUGAAAUUGUACUUAGGAACGAAGGAGAUGGAAAUAUUACAACAAGCAGGGUAAUGAAGAAGAUUUGCAAGUCUCAGGUUGACAUCAACAACGUGGGUAAAGCGGCUGAGGUGUUGCGAGGACGAUACAUGGCAAUUCGACAUGAAGACCUUUCUAAUGAACCUCUUAAGAUCGUUAAAAGAAUUUUCAAUUUUGCUGGCCUUCAUCUAACCAAAGACCUGAAACAGUGGAUUUACAAUAUCACCCAUGAGGAGAUAGGAGGGAUCAUGUCUUUCUCAAGAGACUCCUCAAAGGUGGCCCAAAAAUGGAGAACUGAUCUGGACUUUAAUUUUGUUGAACAGAUUCAAAAGAACUGCAAGGAGGCAAUGGAUCGGUUUGGUUACAGGCCAGCAAAAUCCAAAAAAGAACAAAAAAAUUUGACUUUGGACUUUGUAAAUGAGGAAUGGUCAUUGGAGUGAACUAUACAAACUGGCCAACGGCAGUUAGAAGGCAUCUCAACUUCUCUCACCCUACAGAUGCCACUUUAAAGAGUCCUUACUACUAGUGAAUUUGCUUUAUUCACUCCUCACCCUGCAGCACAUCUAACUGGCUCCUUGUGCUGCUUUUUCUGUUGCCUCUCUGAGCUCUGCUGUGAAGGGAUUGCAAGAGGUUGAUGCAUAGGUUAUUGAUUUACUAAAACUGGAGAGUACAAAAUCUGGUGCAGCUCUGCAUUAUAGCCAAUCAGCUU